UCUGCCAGCCUGGUAUUGACCUACUUUCCCCUUCUUAUCUGCGUGUGCAACAUUCGUUGUGUUUGCUGUACCCAGUGUGCUCUCACGUCACAACGAAUGUUUGUCCCUCGCCGCGUUCCUGUGAGCUGAGCGCUAAAGGUCUGGCUAACUCGGCGGAGGAAACCAUGGAGGAGAAACGUUGCUGGAGACCAUGGCCAAAAUGGAGGUGAAGUCCUCGCUCCUGGACAACAUGAUCGGCGUGGGAGACAUGGUUCUUCUAGAACCACUCAACGAGGAGACCUUCAUCGGCAACCUCAAGAAGCGCUUCGACCACAACGAGAUAUAUACAUACAUUGGAAGUGUGGUUAUAUCCGUGAACCCCUACCGGUCCUUGCCCAUUUAUUCGCCCGAGAAAGUGGAGGAUUACAGAAACAGAAACUUCUACGAGCUGAGCCCUCACAUCUUUGCUCUGUCAGAUGAAGCGUACAGAUCCCUCCGUGAUCAAGAUAAGGACCAAUGCAUACUCAUUACGGGAGAAAGCGGAGCAGGAAAAACAGAGGCCAGCAAGCUUGUUAUGUCCUAUGUGGCGGCCGUGUGCGGCAAAGGAGCCGAAGUGAAUGAGGUCAAGGAGCAGCUUCUGCAGUCCAACCCUGUCCUGGAAGCCUUUGGAAAUGCCAAGACUGUGAGGAACGACAACUCGUCCCGAUUUGGCAAAUAUAUGGAUAUUGAAUUUGACUUUAAAGGUGACCCGCUGGGAGGAGUGAUAAGCAACUAUCUUUUAGAGAAAUCUCGUGUCGUUAAGCAGCCAAGAGGUGAAAGAAACUUCCAUGUCUUCUAUCAGCUGCUCUCUGGAGCCUCUGAGGAGCUGCUCCAGAAGCUGAAGCUGGAGCGGGAUUUCAGCAGAUACAACUACCUGAGCCUGGACUCCGCCAAAGUUAACGGUGUGGACGAUGCUGCCAAUUUCAGAACCGUCAGGAACGCCAUGCAGAUCGUGGGCUUCAUGGACCAUGAAACCGAGUCAGUCCUAGAGGUCGUGGCCGCCGUCCUGAAGCUGGGGAACAUCGAGUUCAAGCCCGAAUCUCGAGUGAAUGGCUUGGAUGAGAGCAAAAUCAAAGAUAAAAACGAGUUAAAAGAAAUCUGCGAACUGACCAGCAUUGAUCAGUUGGUUCUGGAAAGAGCCUUUAGUUUCCGGACCGUCGAAGCAAAGCAGGAGAAAGUUUCGACCACCUUGAACGUGGCUCAGGCUUAUUAUGCCCGCGAUGCCCUGGCUAAAAACCUCUACAGCAGGCUGUUUUCAUGGCUGGUAAAUCGCAUCAAUGAGAGCAUUAAGGCACAAACCAAAGUGAGAAAGAAGGUCAUGGGUGUUCUGGACAUUUACGGCUUUGAAAUAUUUGAGGAGAACAGCUUCGAGCAGUUCAUUAUUAAUUACUGUAACGAGAAGCUUCAACAAAUCUUCAUCGAACUUACUCUGAAGGAAGAGCAAGAGGAGUACAUACGGGAGGACAUAGAAUGGACUCACAUUGAUUACUUCAACAAUGCUAUCAUUUGUGACCUGAUAGAAAACAACACAAACGGAAUCUUGGCCAUGCUGGACGAAGAGUGCCUGAGACCCGGCACCGUCACAGACGAGACCUUUUUGGAAAAGCUGAACCAAGUCUGUGCCACCCACCAGCACUUCGAGAGCCGGAUGAGCAAGUGUUCCCGCUUCCUCAACGAUACGACCCUGCCACACAGCUGCUUCAGAAUCCAGCAUUAUGCUGGCAAGGUGCUGUACCAGGUGGAAGGGUUUGUGGACAAGAACAAUGACCUCCUGUACCGAGACCUGUCCCAAGCCAUGUGGAAGGCUGGCCACGCCCUCAUCAAAUCCCUGUUUCCCGAAGGGAACCCCGCGAAGGUCAACCUGAAAAGGCCUCCGACAGCCGGGUCGCAGUUCAAGGCCUCAGUGGCCACUCUGAUGAAGAACCUGCAGACCAAGAAUCCGAACUACAUCAGGUGUAUCAAGCCGAACGAUAAAAAGGCAGCGCACAUCUUCAACGAGAGCCUCGUCUGCCAUCAGAUCAGGUACCUGGGUCUUCUGGAGAACGUCCGAGUGAGGCGGGCAGGCUACGCCUUCCGGCAGGCCUAUGAACCAUGCCUGGAAAGAUACAAGAUGCUUUGCAAGCAAACGUGGCCUCACUGGAAAGGACCAGCAAGGUCUGGUGUGGAGGUUCUGUUUAAUGAGCUAGAGAUCCCAAUGGAAGAGUACUCCUUUGGCAGAUCCAAGAUAUUCAUCCGGAACCCAAGAACAUUAUUCCAAUUGGAAGACAUAAGGAAGCAGCGGCUGGAGGACCUGGCCACUCUCAUUCAGAAGAUUUAUCGGGGAUGGAAGUGCCGUACACAUUUCCUGCUCAUGAAGAAAAGCCAAGUUGUGAUUGCGGCCUGGUGCAGGAGAUACGCGCAACAGAAGCGGUACCAGAAGAUAAAGAGCUCAGCCCUGGUGAUUCAGUCCUACAUCCGGGGCUGGAAGGCCCGCAAACUCCUCCGGGAGCUGAAGCAUCAGAAGCGCUGUAAGGAGGCAGCCACCACCAUUGCAGCGUACUGGCACGGAACCCAGGCUCGGAGGGAGUUGAAACGCUUGAAGGAAGAGGCUAGGCGUAAGCAUGCAGUUGCUGUCAUUUGGGCUUACUGGCUUGGACUGAAGGUGCGCCGGGAAUACAGGAAAUUCUUCAGAGCGAAUGCUGGGAAGAAAAUCUAUGAGUUUACGCUUCAAAGAAUUGUACAAAAAUACUUCUUGGAAAUGAAAAACAAAAUGCCUUCCUUGUCGCCAAUAGACAAGAACUGGCCACCGAGACCUUACCUGUUCUUGGACGCGACGCACAAGGAGCUGAAAAGGAUCUUCCACUUGUGGCGGUGUAAAAAAUACAGGGACCAGUUCACAGACCAGCAGAAACUUAUUUACGAGGAGAAGCUAGAGGCCAGUGAACUCUUCAAAGACAAGAAGGCUCUAUAUCCUUCCAGUGUUGGGCAGCCAUUCCAAGGAGCUUACCUGGAAAUCAACAAGAACCCCAAAUAUAAGAAACUCAAAGACGCCAUUGAAGAGAAGAUCAUUAUUGCCGAGGUCGUGAACAAAAUUAACCGCGCGAAUGGGAAGAGUACAUCCCGGAUUUUCCUCUUGACAAACAAUAACCUUCUCCUUGCUGAUCAAAAGUCCGGGCAGAUCAAGUCCGAGGUCCCCCUGGUGGAUGUGACCAAGGUCUCCAUGAGUUCACAGAACGAUGGCUUCUUUGCCGUUCACCUCAAGGAGGGCUCAGAAGCGGCUAGCAAAGGAGACUUCCUCUUCAGCAGUGACCACCUGAUUGAGAUGGCCACCAAGCUUUACCGUACGACCCUCAGCCAGACCAACCAGAAGCUCAAUAUCGAGAUCUCGGAUGAGUUCCUGGUGCAGUUCAGACAGGACAAAGUGUGUGUCAAGUUUAUCCAAGGCGCCCAGAAAAACGGGAGCGUGCCCACCUGCAAGCGGAAGAACAAUCGGCUCCUGGAAGUCGCCGUCCCUUGAGCAACGGACGCCUCUGCCCUCAUGGACUUGUCUCUCUCCGUAAUAGUGCAAUUUGAUUUUGUUUUAUUUGGGGGCUCGCUGUAUGUUUGGGGGUUGCCAAAGGCAAGCUGUUAGAGUCCUUUGGCAAAAUUAAAAGUAUUUGACUAAUCUGUUUUAAUUAUUGGAAUAGUUAAUCCUUAAGUCGACAGUCUGUCCUGGGAAGGAUUUUAGAAACUGACAAUGUCUGCUUCCACAUCCUACGUGUUUUCUCCUCAGUUAAUGUUUGUUGCCCGUAAAUCAUUAGCACAUGUAAGCGUAAAGAGGGGGCUUACAUUCAUUUAUCAGAUAUUUAUUGAACGCCUACUUUUUGCUGGGCACUGUGCUGAACUUAUUGGGAACAUUUUUAUUUUUAAAACCGUCGCCUUCUGGCUGAUUUGUAAUGGUAAAAAUAGCUAAGGAGGUAGAAGAGAUUGAGGCCAAAGGAUACUGCUAGUGAUGAUGGCAUUAGCGGGAGCCCUGUAGCGCAAUGUAACAGUAGAAGAGACGCUGGCGGCCCGGGAGGGAUUGGAGACGGACGAUUGGGUAAAAUUCCUCUAUGUUUUUUAUCUGUUAGAAAAAGAGAAAACUAACAUUGAGACAUGCACAUUUAUUUGCUCAGAACCCCUAUGAUCACAUUCUGUUAGAAAGCAGAAGUUACUCUGACUUGAGGGACGGUAACUGAAGCGGAACGCUUCGUUGCGGUUCCAAAGAAGCACGGGAUGGGACUCGAGACGCCCACGGUGCUUUCACGGAGUCGGCUGCAGUAAGAAAAGGCUGAGAGCCGUUCACAGCGGCAGAUCUUCUCUUCGAUGUGCAAUAAAGCAUCCAAGAUCGCCUUUGAAAGUUUUAUUUAUAAUAUACAUUUUUUUUUUGUAUGAGAGAGGUUCAGGGUGUGUAUUUUAGUCAAAGAUCAAAAUUAGAAUUAGCUUUCAGGGCUUCUUUUUGUUGUUGUUGUGUUUGUUCUUUAAAAUUGACGAUAAGAAUUCGCUUUGGAAACCACAUUUGAAAUUCUGGAAUCAAACUGUUUCUUAUUUGGGAGGACACUGUAUAUACAUCGGGAUUAUGUUAAAUAAUAAAAUUGCUCUAAAUUUGGUGCCAUGUGCUGGAA